AUGAUCAAUCACCCAAACUCAUCCAAGAAUACCAACUCACCAUCACCAGCCCAACAGCUCAACUCCAAACCAGCCAGACUAAGCCAGAACCAGCGCAGAGCAAACGAUCAACAGACCUUCUCCCAUCUUCUAGGAUUCACCCUACCACCCCGAUCGGCUCAAUCCAAUCCAUCAUCCUCUUCCACCCGGCGUCCUGGCAGGAAACAACAUGCUCACACUUCUUAUUACGACAAGGAUCGAUUCGUCCAUGCCAAAUAUCGUUUCAUCUUGAAACCCACUGGCGAUUACACGGCCCACUUCGCUGACCCGGACAUUCGAUUCAACUGGCCAGACAUCCUUCAAGUCAUCGUGAACCUUCCAACCAACUUGUCCACAGUCACUGCCCCUCCUGAAUCCUCCAAUCUCCAUCCAGAUGUCCCCUCGGAGAAGCACGCCUGCCCGAUCUGCUUAUCUGAACCGACGGCUGCACGAAUGACCAAAUGUGGUCACAUAUUCUGCUAUCCAUGCAUCCUGCAUUAUCUCGAACUCUCUGAUGAAGGCAAGGGACAAGGGCGCAAGUGUCCGGUAUGCUGGGAAACUGUCCUCAAGAAAGACUUGAAGAGCGUCAAGUGGUUCGACUGCAGUACAACAGACGCGCCCAGUGACAUUCCAGACUCGGCUUCGGAUCUAAUCACCUUCCGGCUCAUCGAACGUCCGAACCUCACCACCCUCGCCCUCCCUCGUUCUCCCACUUGGCUUUCCCCUGCUGUUCCCACUCACCAUUCCCCUUGGCAGUUUACUCCUGACGCUCUCACCUUCGCCAAAUUCAUGCUGGCGUCCCCCGAUUACAUGACGAGCGAACUCAACGGAGACUUGGAAGAGCUCCAUAACGAAUUGCUAUUGCUCUCCAAGUGGUCGACCUCUCCAGAUGGCUCGGAUGACUUGGGCACGGUCUUCAUUCGGACCGCAGAGGCCAAAGUUAGAGAGCAGAUCGAGAAGGUCGUUCUAUUGAAGACGACCUUUGUUAUGACUGAGAGGAAGCGAGCCAUGCGGAAAAUAGCCCAAGCCAUCGGUGAGGCCAACGGAGGUCCAGAUCUUGUCGAUCAACUCCAAGUCGUUACCUCUACCGACGAAGAACAGUCGACGCCUAUCCCAGUGACCUUGGAAAGCCUGAUCUCUCAGAACCUUGAUCGGCCGGCCGUGCUCCCCCCAAAUCAACUCGAGCACACCUUGCCUACUACUCCUGGUGCUUUCAGCAGUACCAAGAUCGAGGAUCUUAAAGCUCCAGAACCGCGCCUACCCAGAUCGGAGUUCAUCUCGUCAACCGGGCCCAAGACCCGGAAGAACGUCAAUCCACCUGAACCAACCUCGGCUACUUAUCGGUUUUACCAAGCCGCAUCAGGAGAACAGAUCUACUUAUCUGCGCUUGACAUCCGUGUUCUUCUUACCAAGUUUGGGUCAUUCGAUUGUUUCCCGAGCUCUAUCACACUGAAAGUAGAAGCUUGGAGUGAGGUGAGGGUAUCGGACGACUUGCGACGGCGAUGCCGAUAUCUUUCGCAUCUACCCACCGGAAGCGAAGUUCGAAUGGUCGAAGUGGAUUUGGAUGAAUAUCUUGGAGACGACUAUCAUCCACUAGAUGGACCGAUCGAUCAUCAUCUCUCUUUAGCGGAAACGAUGGCGUCAGACGUCUUGCCCAGAGAAAGUUCUCAGAGACCGGCGGGAUCUGACGGGCAGCCCAGUGGAUCAAGAACGGUUUGGGGUACUUACAUCCCAUCAAAUGCGACCAGCUCGAGUGUCCCAGCGGAAGAAGUGACGGACCAGGAUGACAUAUGGGCUAAACACGAGCGUUAUCUCGUCUCGAACAGAGCCAAGCCUGGUGUCCGAGCCGAAUUAAAUACGGAGGAUCUCGACGAUAGUGAUGGCGAUCAGGAAGGCGGUGAAGGCGGUAAGAAAAAGGCCGGGCCUCGCCAAAAGGGUAAACAGAAAAAUCGAAAGCAUGUCAACAAGGUCGUCAUCAAUCUCAGCGGCGGUACUGGUGGUAGAAGAUUCUGA